GUGGCUGACCAUGCUCUUCUGUUUGCAAACAGUCAUCAUAGAUACCAUCAAGCGCAUAACUCAGGGAGACGUGAGUUGCACCGGCGGGGAGCUACACAUCGGGAGCCGCCAUACUGACUGACUCCCUCCGUCGUUGUAGUGGAAAGUGCUCGUGGUAGACGACGAGUCCAAGAAGAUCCUCGACAAUGUCGUCAAAGAAGAUGACAUCCUUAACCAGAACAUCGCAAGUAUGGCACCAAAGGCUUCAAACAAACCAGUGUCUUUCGCGGCGCUAAGACGAGACAAACAGAUAUCGAGAAGAUCGAGGACCGGAGGGAGAAGAACCCCACAAUGGACGCCAUUUAUUUCGUCUCCCCCCAAGAAUAUGUCGUGGAAUGCAUAGUCGCCGAUAUCGAAGCGCGCCGGUACAAGAAAAGCUUUCUGCUGUGGACCGCGGUCCUCGAACCCCAGCUCAGAAGACGCAUCGAUGCCUCACCUGCCGCGAGGUCCUCGAUUGGCGGCUUCGAAACCCUGUCCAUUGACUUCUUCCCUCGAGAGUCUCACGUCAUCACGUUCAGGGAUCCCUGGAGCUUCCCUGUUCUAUACCACCCAGCAUGCAAUGGCUUGGUCGCUAAGCACAUGCGGGAGCUGGCUCAAAAGAUUACCGGCCUCUGCGUGGCCCUCGGCGAAUUUCCUAAAGUCAGAUAUUAUCGACCCAAAGCACCAUUACACGAGGCCAGCGUUCUGAGCUCCCACUUGGCAAGAUUUGUCUCGGAGGAACUAGACGAGUAUCUUAGGUGGAACCAGGGAUUCCCGCCACAAACGUCGAGGCCACAGGGUGUCUUGCUGGUCACGGACAGGUCAAUGGAUCUGAUGGCUCCACUGGUUCAUGAAUUCACUUAUCAGGCCAUGGCACAUGACCUACUGCCCAUCCAAGACUCUGGAAAGACGACGUUCCAUAUGACGGUCAAUGAGAACUCUCCGGAUGCCGAAGAAAAAGACAUGGAGCUCAGUGACAAAGACAAGGUCUGGGUCGAGAAUCGGCAUCGCCAUAUGAAGGAUACCAUCGACAAGCUCAUGGGCGACUUCCAGAAAUUCCUGGACCAGAAUCCCCACUUUACCAACACGGACGGCGAUACGACAAGUCUCAAUGCUAUCAAAGACAUGCUGGCUGGUCUGCCGCAAUUUCAGGAGAUGAAAGAGACAUAUUCACUACAUCUCACCAUGGCUCAAGAGUGCAUGAACAUGUUCCAGCAUCACAAGCUACCAGAUAUUGCGUCUUCGGAACAAACCAUGGCGACAGGGCUGGAUGAGGAUUUCCGAAAACCGAAAAACGUUCUGGAAGCCGUCGCCCAGCUUCUUGAUGACGAUGCGAUUUCACAAUCGGAUCGACUUCGUCUCAUCAUCAUCUACAUCAUGUACCGCGACGGUGUUAUAUUGGAGGAUAUCCAGCGACUUCUUGCUCAUGCGGCUUUGCCAUCUCAGGAUGGUGAAAUCAUACAAAACCUCGAAAUCCUCGGCGCAAGAACGACGCGAGGCUUGAAGGACCCGAAACGAGACACGACUCCUAUCUUCCCCAUUGAUGUAAAGAACGCAAUUCCCAACGAAGAGUAUGCGCUCUCCAGGUUCCAGCCAGUUCUAAAACCCCUUUUAGAGCAUCUUUGUAGAGGUGCCCUCGACCAGACACAGUUUCCAUACGUCAAGCCGCCAAUCGACCCCAACGAAGACGCCAUUAUUGGGCAGGGCUCUCUGCGAGCUGCAAAGCCAAGCUGGGCAGGUACGGGCCGUCGCGUGCCAGAGAACCGACAGCGUAUCAUUAUCUUCAUGGCUGGUGGUGCUACGUUUUCGGAAUCUAGGACCUGCUACGAAGUAGGUAACGCGCUGAAUCGUGACAUAUUCCUCGCCACAAGCCAUAUGACCACGCCACAACUUUUCGUGAGGCAGGUGGGUGAUCUGAGCGUGGACAAACGGCGUCUCGAUCUACCUAUGGAUCGUCCUGCGAGACGUGCGCCUGCACAUAUCUACGAGCGCCCCGCGCCUCCUCCGCAGGUUGCAGCGCCACCACCACCACCAGGAAUGGUUGGUUCUGGUGGGUUGCCAAAUCAAAGACGGGUACCGCCAGCGGGAGGACUGCCCGGCGGACCUAGAGUUGGCGGCGCGCCACAGCCACCAACGCAAGCAAUGGGCCAGAUGAGCUUGGGUGGGACGAACACGCCCCCUCCCGCAAAUGGCGGUCUUGCUCGGCCGAGCCCGGGGCCAAGCUCGAGCCCUGCGGUUCCGGAGAAGGAGAAGAAGAAGCGAGGGUUCUUGGGGCUCAAGAAAAAGAGCCACGGGUAAAGUCUUGUCCUCUGGCGAAGAGGCCGAGCGCACAGGCGGAUCUGGACAUAUUGUGUUCUAUGAUAUGGGAUUCUUCUUGGACUUUGUAAAUGGUGCAUAGAAGCAUGGCGUUCGAGGCGUAGUCUCCGGCAGAGCAAUAGUGUACAUAGAAUACUGCUUCACCAACGACUCAGUUCUC